GGACGAACCUCGUGUUCUUACGCUUAUUCUUCGUGUGAAUCUACUUAUUUUAAAAAAUACGCAGCGGUAUUUUUCUUCAUUAAAAUCAGACUAGAACAGGAGAGAGAGGGCAGGUAUGGCACAACAAGCCGCAACAUGACUGGUGAUGAACUCCUUCAGAGUAAGGAAACGUGUGCGUAAGACCUGGAACGAGCGGAGGACGAGGGACUGAAGUGAGACGGUUAUAUGGUUUACAGAGUCAUGGGCGGGUUUUGGUUGAAUAAUUUCACGAGUAAAGUGUAUUUGAAUGGUUUUUCGGCGUUUUGUGCGCAAAUGUGCCCUCAGCGGGGGAUGCCGGUGGCUCUGUGGCGCACAGGACUCCUGCUCAGCUUCCUGUGUGUGUGCGUCCGUCUGGAGGAAGAUUGUGUUCUUGGCGUAGUGGGACGCCCGGUGUUUCUGCCCUGCUUUUACCCUGACUUACUAACUUUAGCAAAUUAUUCCAUUGAGUGGAGGAGAGAGGAUGAAGUGGUGCUCAGAUCAGUGUGGGAAGAGGAUGGAAACAUUCAGAUAUGGAGCAUGAACAGAGCCACGGUUCAUACUGAUGCUACACAAACUGGAAACUUCUCUCUGGAGCUGCCAGCAGCUGAUCCCACACAGGACAACGUGUCUUACAGUUUCUUCAUUAUUUCAGGGGAGAACCAAAGGUUGCUGGUGUGCAAAGUGUGCCUCAGGAUAGCAGCCAGUUUCAGCUUCCCAGUGCUGCAGAGGGAAGAAGCAGUGGAGGGCGAGGAGACAUCCUUCCACUGUCGCUCCAGCGGCGGUUACCCUCAGCCUGCAGUCUACUGGCUCAUCAACGACACCGAGGAGCCCCCCGAAGGCUCGGUGAGGACCCUGGCAGCAUCGCUCCCCGAUUCCCACCUCUUUAACAUCACCAGCCAUCUGACGGUCAACGUUUCCAGAGACUCCAGCGUGACGUGCGUCAUAGAGAACCAGUCCAUGAACGAGACCCUGACGUCCACCAGCUACGGAGUGCCCAGCGGCCCCGUGGCGAGCCGAGCGUCAGAGGCCAUGUGGAUCUUCAGCACAGCUCUGUGUGCGGUGGUGGGGGUGUUGGUGAUCGUAGGGGUGUGGUACCAGAUCCACCUGGACAGGAUUAGUAAGAGGAAGAAGAAGGAAUACCAAGAAACACAGAGAGGAUACAAAAGACGACGUCGGUACAAAGAGGAAGCCGAGGCGAUGACGCCGGAGCCAAAGGAGACGAAUGUGUGAAAUCCUGAAUCUAUCAAUGAUCACCUUUUAUUUUUCUGCCGAGAGGCAACAAAGCACUGAUAUGUAAAUAUGUAUUUGUUGUGAUCACCACUUAAAUAUUCAGUCAGGCGGGUUUUUUAAACAGAAGUUCACUUUUGGGGCAUCAUUUUGUGUUAAAUGUUUACUUUUUUUCCUCCUCUGAUAGCGUUGUUGUAUUUCAUGAUUUUAAUAAAGAUUCUCAGAUUGACUGA